AUGAUGAACUUGGCAGAUCCAUCAAUGGCGUUGCUGGCGGCGACUGGUGGCGACACCGUCAAGCUUUUCGAUGUAUCGGUGGAGCCAGGAGAUCCAUGUACUUUGAGUUACACACCAACUCCGGGUUGCCUUGUUAACUCAGUCAAGUGGAAUCACACUAAUUUAGUUGUGGCUAGUGCUGGAGAAGAUAAGAAGAUUUCCUUGUGGAGGAAAAAUGGGCUGAGCAUGGGGACAAUUCCGGUUUCUGGGAUAGAUAGUGGGGACAGCAAUGAGGAAUCUAUAUCGGCUAUUAGCUUUAGUAACAAGGGAUCUAGAUAUAUAUGCUCUGGAGGAAGUGGUCAAGUUGUAAGAAUAUGGGAUCUACAGAGGAAGCGCUGUAUUAAAUGGUUGAGGGGUCAUACCAGUACAAUAACAGGUGCUAUGUACAAUUGCAAAGAUGAGCACCUGGCUUCCAUAAGUUUGAGUGGGGAUCUUAUUCUUCACAACCUUGCAUCUGGAGGAAGGGCAACAGAACUCAAGGAUCCGAAUGAACAGGUACUAAGGGUGCUUGAUUAUUCACGAGCUAGCCGACAUCUUUUGCUGACCGCAGGUGAUGAUGGUUCUGUACAUUUGUGGGAUACAACUGGUCGUAGCCCGAAGGUUUCAUGGUUGAAGCAACAUUCUGCACCAACUGCUGGUAUUAGCUUCUCACCAUCACAUGACAAGAUAAUAGCUAGCGUUGGACUGGAUAAAAAACUAUACACUUAUGACUCAGGGUCCAGAAGGCACACAUCUCUCAUUUCUUAUGAGGCACCGUUUUCUUCACUGGCUUUUAGAGAUGAUGGUUGGAUUCUGGCUGCUGGAACCAGUAGUGGUAGGGUGGUGUUCUAUGAUGUUCGAGGAAAACCACAGCCUUUCACCGUUCUCCGUGCUUAUGGCAGUUCAGAGGCUGUUACAAGCUUAUGCUGGCAAAGAUCAAAACCAGUUAUUGUAAAUGAAAGCAACUGUACUCCUGAGAUAGCUCUUUUGGGAGGUGCUGUUGAUGAUUCCAUUCUUAUGCCAGAUCCACUUCCUUCUGUAACAUCUUCUAGUGUUGCUCUAUUAUCUGGCUCUGGUAAUGCUGGUCGUUCAGGUCCUUCAAUAGAAUCAUCAUCUCUUACAGCAACCACUAGUGGACCUGCAUCAUCUAUGCCCAAUCUGUCUUUAGCAGAGGAAACGCCACAUCGAAGCCAUCUUUGGCCAGGAACAUUGACGAGAUUAAAUCCUCCUCGUUCUAGUUACAAUUUUAAGGAUGAAAUGGAGGUGUUUUCCCCACUUGUGGAUGUUCAGCCUAUCACACCCUCACUUGAUAAGUUUUGGGAUGAUCAUGAGGGAUUCAAAAAGGAUAAUGUGCCUGCUGACAAGAAGCCUUCAUCAUUGUUGUUUCCUUCAUCCAUUAGGAGAUUUCCUUUUGCAGAGGAUGGGACCAAUGAUCAUCCAAUAUUUGAUUGGAAACCCAGUUCAACUUCAAGACAGGAUGAUGCCCAGACUUUCACCUUACUGGGGGGUUCUACUCCAACUCCAUCUUCUAAGAGUGAAGAUUCCUCCAUCACUCCUCCAGAAGCUUGGGGUGGUGAGAGAUUAUCAGAUAAAAUUGCUCACCUACGCCAGCCACUCAAUUUACCAUCUCGUUUUAGUAUGACUUCUGGGAGUUCAACAUCAGGAUCGAUGUUUUCUAGUUUGCAAGAGCUGCCCUCUUCAACAAGUCAGACAAGUAUGAGCUCAUUGACUAAUUCCAGCCGUAGCUUUUCAAAUCUGCGCACCAGAGACGUCUCUUCGAAUCAGGAGACUUCGAUGGUAUUUCCAGAGCACAUUUCCUCUAGUUCCAUGUCUCUGUCUUUAGGUACAAAAGGCAUUAUGGGACCAGCUAACCUUGAAGCGUCAGGACCAGCAUCAUUAAACCAACCUCGCAGGUUUUCAACUUAUGCUGAGAGAAUAAGCACUACUUCUUCCUUCAGUGAUGGGACAUCCUUCUCAGUGGCUUCACCAAAAACAAAGAAAACAGGAGUUGAAACCAGGGAAGAACUGUUGAAUAGCUUAUGGUUGAGGUCUGAUGCAUCAGUAGUCGCAGAACCAGGAAUUCUUCCAGCAAUGAAUGGAGGAACCAUACAACCACACAAAACCCUUCAGCCAGAUACACAGCAGGGGAGUUCCUUCACUCUUCAGCUCUUCCAGCGUACUCUUGAAGAAACUCUUGAUUCGUUUCAGAAAUCCAUACAUGAAGAUAUGAGGAACCUUCAUAUAGAAAUUCUUAGACAAUUUCAUAUGCAGGAGAUGGAAUUGUCUGGUAUGAUGAACUCAAUCCUGGAAAAUCAAGCUGAGCUGAUGAAAGAAAUUAAGUCUCUUAAGAAAGAAAACCAAGAACUCCGUCAAUUGCUUUGA